CUAUUAAAAUGUCAGAAAAUAUUCAAACCGAAACUUAUACUUCUGAUCCCGAAAUAGAAGAAAUAAGAAAUAUUGAUGAUAACGAAGAUGUAUUUGAGACUCAAGGAAGAGAUAAAAAAUAUUAUGACAGAAUCAAUGAGGAUAAUGAGGAAGAAGUUGAUUUUCUUGAAGAUUUUGAAGAAGAUACUGAGGAAAUCGAACUGUUAAAUAUACGUUUGACUGAUAUCACAAGUUUGAUGCUUGACCGAUUUCCAAAAAUAAAGUCUUUAUGUGUUCGACAAAAUCUUGUUACAAAAAUUGAUGGUAUUGAAAGUCUAAAGGACCUUGAAGAACUUGAUCUUUAUGAUAAUCGAAUAUCAUAUAUUGAAAACUUGAACAAUUUUCCUGAAUUAAAAUUUUUAGAUUUAUCCUUUAAUAAAAUUCGAGUUAUUGAAAAUUUAGAACAUUUAACAAAAUUAGUAAAUCUUUAUUUUGUUCAAAAUAGAAUAUCAAAGAUUCAAAAUUUGGAUAAUUUGAUAAAUGUAACCAAUUUGGAAUUGGGAGCAAAUAAAAUUAGAGUAAUUGAAAAUUUAGAUAAACUUGUGAAUUUGGAACAAUUGUGGCUUGGAAAAAAUAAGAUCACCGAAUUUCAAAAUUUGGAGAACUUGAGGAAUCUUAAAAUUCUUAGUAUACAAAGUAACCGCUUGACUCAAAUAAAAGGUUUAGAAGGUUUGGUUAACUUAGAGGAAAUUUAUAUGAGUCAUAAUGGUAUUCAAAAGAUUGAAGGAUUUGAAAACAAUUUAAAAUUAAGAGUAAUCGAUGUCAGCAAUAAUCUUUUAACAAAAAUUGAGAAUAUUUCUCAUUUGACAGAAUUAGAAGAAUUUUGGGCAAAUAAUAAUCAAUUUUCAGAUUUUGAAGAAUUACCUGUACAAAUGGGGCAUCUUAAAAAAUUGAAUACGAUCUAUCUAGAAGGAAAUCCGAUGCAAACAGAAAAUCAAGCAAUUUAUAGAUUAAAAGUUAAAACGCUUUUACCUCAAAUAAGUCAAUUAGAUGCAACGUAUGUUUCUUGAACUUCUUUCCUUGUUUUUAAUUAUUCAAAUUUUUUUUUUAAAAAAAAAUUAAAACAUU